AUGCCCAUCGCUCCUAUUACUGGCAAGCUCAGGAAGCGCUUUUGGCUCGACCUCAGUGUCUCUCUCGGCAUGGGCAUCAGCGCGGGCUACGCGUUCUGGUAUGGCGUGCACCUCAAGCACGUCCAGAAGCAGGAGGAGUUCUACCUCAAGCUCGAGAGGGCCAAGCAGCAAUAG